AUGGGUAACCUUCCUAUUGAACGCGUCACUCCCAGUAGGCCAUUCGCUCGUACAGCAGUAGAUUUUUGUGGGCCAGUAUUAACGUAUCUUGGUAUUCGGGGAAAAGCCCCAUUCAAAACGUAUAUAGCUAUCUUCGUCUGCUUAUCAACAAAGGCGGCACACAUCGAGGCAGUGUCAGAUUUAACUACGGACACCUUUAUCGCAGCACUAAAAAGAUUGAUCGGCAGAAGGGGACUGCCAUCAGAUAUCUACUGCGAUAAUGCAACAAAUUUUGUUGGUGCUAGCAACAAGCUGGCUGACUUGAAAAACUUUUUAUUUAAUAAAACUAACCAAUCUAAUUUGCAGACUUUUUGCACCAACCAAUUCAUCAAUUUCAAUUUUAUACCGCCUAGGACGCCUCACUUCGGUGGGCUAUGGGAGGCGGCUGUGAAAAUUGCUAAGGGCCAUCUGAACCGAACCCUUGCAAACACUCGUCUUACGUUUGAGGAACUUGGAACAGUACUGAUUGAAAUCGAGGCCAUACUUAAUUCGAGACCAAUAUCACCGCUGUCUUGCGAUCCAAGCGACUAUGAUGCAUUGACACCAGCACAUUUUCUUAUCGGCGGCCCACUUAAGACAUUACCGGAAUCAACAUCUCAAUAUGAUAAAUUGCCACUAGCAGAUAAGUGGGUCCGUGUGAAGGCUGUAAAACAUCAUUUCUGGCGCCGAUGGGCUCGAGAUUAUCUAAACGAGCUGCAGACACGUACCAAAUGGACAAAGGAACAAUCAAACGUCAGCAAUGGAACAUUAGUAAUAAUCCACGAGGAUAAUAUGCCCCACAACGUUGGCUGA